AGCAUUUAACAACAGCAUUUGCAUUUGAAAAAUGGAUGCAACAAACCCCCUCCUUUUACCCCUCUAUCAGUUUUUUUUUUACUUUGUGUAAACAAAUUUGGAAGAAGUCACCCUUCCAACUUCACUGAAGCUGGCGUUCUAAAACAGCUGUGUGAUAUUAUUCCAGCCCAUCAGAAUAAAUACAGAGAUAUUACCAACAACAAAGCUGCAAUCUUUCUUUUAUAUAAUGCCCAGAAUCGCCUCCUUCUUACCUCUGUUUGAUCUCCCACGAGGGAGAUAUAAAAACUAAUCGGCAAAAGAAGGAGAGAAAGAUAGAGAGACAGUUGAUUAAAGGGGAGAAAUGCUCAAUAAAAUAUUAUUUUUAAAAUAGUGUUGCAGCCUUUUUUUUUUUGAUUACAAAAGAAGGUGUACAAAAAAAAAAACAAAAAAAAAAAAAGUCUCGAAACAAGUGGAAUGCAGGUCUGGGCCCGAGCCAGCCAAUGCUCAUCAGAUGGGAGGAUUGCGUUUCCAUUCACUAGCUACUGGGACGCGGAUUCUGGUUUGGUGAGUUUAGAGGCAAGGAUUACACAAAGGGGUGAAGCCCAGCCACUGCGUGUGUGUGUGUGAAGAGAGGGACAGGAGAGAGACCAAACAUUUCCCAUCGGCGCAAAAGGUGGCGGUGCGCUACUCGUUUCGUGCGGACCUUCUGACGACGUUAUCUUUCUUCUGUUUGUACUUUCACUCUUUUUUUUUGUACCUAAUUAUCGUGUGACUUUUUCUUUUUCUUUUUUUAAAGUUUUGUUUCCAAAAGAUUGUUUCCAUUGAGUCUUUUGACUUUUUGUUUUUGUUGUUGUUGAUGCUCAGUUCAACUUUUGGAGCUCUGGAUUGUUACCUAGUUGGUGUUUUUUUUGUGUUUGUUUUUAAUGUAUGUAUGUACGUGUGUGUGUAUGUAAGUGUACCUGAGCCAGUGAGCGUGUGUCUCAGUGAGUGAGUGAUUGAGAGAGUGCGUGUGAAUGGGUGUGUGUUUCUGCUAGUUUUUCUUCAAGAACUUUUUUUUUUUCUUUCUCUCUCUCUCUUUUUUCCCCUCCUCUGCACAGAGGAAUGUGGGGCUUAUGGCAGUGAGAAUCAGGUAUUUUGCUUCAGCCUGCGCUAAUUACUCACUCUCCCCUCAAGACCUCGCCGGAGUCCUGCGUUCCCCUUGACUCCUGAAAACAGGAACGGCGGCAGAGGUGACUGCCGGACAGCGGAAAAAGGGGGGUGAAAAAGAAGGACUAGAGGAGAGACUGAGGUCCCGCUCACGGGUUUGAGGGAAGGAAGGAGUCGCCGGAUCGCCCCGGGAACGGAAAGUAGAGCGAGCGAAAGAAGAUGCUCCUGUUUGAGUCCGGCUCCCCCGACAUCUCCCUGUGAACGCCCGCGCAGUUCCGACAGACCGGCCCCGACUUCAGCCGCCGCAGCUCUUACAGGUACAGGCCCCAGAUGCGAUUGGAUGGUAGCAGCAGUAUGACAGCAGAAGACCCCGCCUCUGCAUCCGAUAUGAGUAACCCAAACCCCGCUGGAUCCAAACCCGUCGGCUACGCCCACCACUCCCCCGAGGCCGUCCCGGAGGGCGUGGCCGGCGCCCCCAACGAGGGCGCCCUGGUGUCCCUGAUGGAGCGCACGGGCUACGGCAUGGUGCAGGAGAACGGCCAGCGAAAGUACGGCCCCCCGCCCGGGUGGGAGGGCCCCGCCCCGCAGCGGGGCUGCGAGAUCUUCGUGGGGAAGAUCCCGCGGGACGUCUACGAGGACGAGCUGGUGCCCAUCUUCGAGACGGUGGGGCGCAUCUACGAGAUGCGCCUGAUGAUGGACUUCGACGGGAAGAACCGGGGCUACGCCUUCGUCAUGUACACGCAGAAGCAGGAGGCCAAGCGCGCCGUGCGGGAGCUCAACAACUACGAGGUGCGCCCGGGCCGCCUCCUGGGCGUCUGCUGCUCCGUGGACAACUGCCGCCUCUUCAUCGGGGGCAUCCCGAAAACCAAGAAGCGCGAGGAGAUCCUGGAGGAGGUCUCCAAGGUGACGGAGGGCGUGCUGGACGUCAUCGUGUACGCCAGCGCCGCCGACAAGAUGAAGAACCGCGGCUUCGCCUUCGUGGAGUACGAGAGCCACCGGGCGGCGGCCAUGGCCCGGCGCAAGCUGAUGCCAGGCCGGAUCCAGCUGUGGGGCCACCAGAUCGCCGUGGACUGGGCGGAGCCCGAGAUCGACGUGGACGAGGACGUGAUGGAGACGGUCAAGAUCCUGUACGUCCGCAACCUGAUGAUGGAGACGUCGGAGGAGAUGCUGCGGCAGAUCUUCAGCCAGUUCAACCCGGGCUGCGUGGAGCGCGUCAAGAAGAUCCGCGACUACGCCUUCGUGCACUUCGCCAGCCGCGAGGACGCCGUCGUCGCCAUGGACAACCUCAACGGCACCGAGGUGGAGGGCUCCUGCGUGGAGGUCACCCUGGCCAAGCCCGUCGACAAGGAGCAGUACACCCGCUACCAGAAGGCCUCCAAGGGCGCCGCCACCACCGCUCCGGACACCUCCCAGCCCAGCUACGUUUACCAGUGCGACCCCUACACGCUAGCCUUCUACGGAUACCCCUACAGCACGCUGAUAGGACCCAACAGAGACUACUUCGUGAAAGGUACUGUAAGAGGCCGGGGGCGCGCGGCCAGCGGGAAUAGGGCCCCGGGGCCCCGUGGCUCCUACCUGGGGGGUUACUCGGCCGGGCGGGGCAUCUACAGCCGCUACCACGAAGGGAAGCCCAAGCAGCAGGACAAGCCCUACGAGCUGAUGCCCAGUCUGGAGCUGACCCAGGUCAACUCAGUGGGCAUGAAGCCCGGCACAAUGGCGCUCCCGGCCCUGGGGGGCCAGUACCCCAUGUUCCCUGCUGGCACCGCUGGUAAAGUCAUGGAGGAGGGGAAGAUGCACGGGAUGGAGCACCUCAUCAGCCCCCUGGCUCUCCAGCACGACCACACGGGGGCUCCCACAGCCGCAACGGUCCUGCCAGCUGUGUCCACCCCACCCCCGUUCCAGGGUCGCCCCAUCACCCCAGUGUACGCCAUGGCGCAUGGCGUCCAGCGCAUCCCCGCCGCUGCCAACCUGUACGGGACCAGCUACAUCCCCAUCACGCACGCCAACUCCGCCGCCAUGGCGGCAGCCCUGCAGAAGAACGCGGCGGUGGCGGCGGCCUACGGGGGUUACGCCGGAUACAUGCCCCAGGCCUUCCCCGCCGCCACCUUCCAGAUGCCCAUCCACGACAUGUACCCGACAUACUGAUGGAGGCCCUCCCCCUCGCCUGGUCGCCCCCGGGCAACAAAGGACACUGAAGGAACACUUUCGUAUUUAUGAAGAGAGAACUCCAUUUUGGAUGUUUCAUUUCAUUCGCCUUGGCUUUGUUGUGUGUUUUAUUUGGCCUUUAUUUUUUGGGGUUUCUGAAAGUAAGCAUAUUACUUGGCAUUAAAGAGUUGUAACCUUACAUCUUAAAAAAAGAAAGAAACGUUUUUUUAACCAUAAAUUUCUUUGUACAAAAAUAGAAGAACGUUGAAGAAAAUGUGCUUUUUUGAGUUUCUUGAGAAAAAAAGUUUAUAUUUUGAGAAUUUUUGAUAAUGUUAGCAAUAGUCUUUAAUAUUACUGUAGAGACUUAAAUGUCUUCCGUCCACACACUGUAUGCCUACCAGUUUGAAUGCGGACAUUUUUAGCUAUGCAUUCAUUAUUAUAAUUAUUUGUUUUGUUGCAUUGUUAUUCAUAUUAAUAUAAACAUUUUGGUUUUUUCUUUUCUUUAUAAAGUACUGUGGUAUGAAGGUUUUAGGUUUAGCCUUGGCCAUAUGUGUCAUCUUCAUCUCAAAGAAAAAAAAUAUGUGUGUAAAGAUUUUAACUAGAUAACUUCGGGUAAAAACCCAGGAACAAAGGUUUACUUUUUCUGAAACGCAGGGACACGAUCACCCACCAGAACCAGAAAAGAAACUCCCUUUAAUCUGAAAAAAUAUUCAUAACCAAUGUAGGGUGACACUGCACCUACAAUAAGGAGCAUGAUUCCAAACAAAUGUUUGCUCUCAAAGGCAGUAAAUGAACAUUAUUGUAGAAUCUCUCAACUUGUCCAUUUCGGGGAAAAGAAAGUGAUCUCCCCCCUUCUGAAUGACUCUCUGUUGAACAAAGCUCCUCAAAUGAGACCAGCCUUCAGCCGUAAACGUUUCACCUCAGCGAGCACAAGUUUCAAACUGGUUCAUAUGCUUCUGUAUAAACCUAUUGGAAGAGCAAGAUCCAUCUACUCUAAUGUUAAACAAGACCGGGUCAAAAUCUAGUAUAUGGCUGGACCGAACCGGCUGACCAAUGGUAUAGCUUCAUCACUCAGUGACUCAGUCACAGACAUUCGUGACUUCCUUCCAUAAUGACUAAGAUAAUGCUAAUGCUAACCAGGUCUAAUCUCUGUAUGCGCAGCACUGCUUCAUUUUUCUUCAGAUCUUCUAAAAGGCAGAUAAUACCCUUCAGAUGCAGUAGUUUCUCUUGUAGUGGAGGUUAGCAUUGGCGCUAAAAAAUGAGCACUCUCUGUGAGAAACACUGAGCUGUUUCCGUGUCCUGCUUUCACCCAUGUAAACUGGCGGUGUUGAAAUUCUCUGCUGUGAUUGGCCAUGGCCGUGUGAAUCCGUCUCAUGUGACUGGCUGAAUUGCCAAAGCGGGCGCAUGUUUUGGGCCUAGUGCAGAAGAGGCUUGGUGCACCACGCCUUCCAGUGCUUACCACGUACUCACAGAAGAUGUUUUCAGCAGAAAACCUAAAAUGUUGUCAUAACAAACAAAAAAUUACUACUACAUGAAUCGUUACUUUGACGAAUAGAACUGGUGGCUUCAAACCUGGGCUGGAAUUCUUUAACGCAUUGCCUUUAUGAAGUUCAAUGAAACGAACCUUUAAAAAAAAAAAUCUAACCUUGUGACAAACUGUAUUUGAGCGAAGCAGAUCCUGAGCGAGCUACAUACUGAGCAAACACACCACAUCAUCUCCUGUGUAAGGAAGGGUGGUUACCGCGGCAACAAAGACACGCUUCCCUAUCUGUUGAUCAGUUGUCUGGUGGCUCGUAUUACACUCCUUUAUACUGCUAGAGUAUACUGCUGUCACGUGGAGCCUACAUUCUCCUGCUUUACUUUGCUGAAAUGGCUUUGAGUUAGGUGCACUUAACAUAGUCCACAAGAGGUUGCAACCCCCCCCUCCCCUCCCCAAGUGAAAUAUUUGUUGUUAUUGGUGACAUUUAGCUUUUAUUAUUAUAAUUUUUGUGGAUAUGCUUGUGUACGCGUGCAAAGUGGCAGCCAUGAUGGGAGAAAUGUGGAAAAAGUGUGAAACUGGGGCCGCUUCAGUGGAUUGUACGUUGCAGAAAAGAGCAGGCGCACCGGCCUGUUCGUACAGAGCUGAACUUUUCUGCUCCCUCACGGGUGUACCCGAACCCAACGGCAGGUUUCUGAAUGUCUGUUUGUGCAGAGCUGAACUUUUCUGCGGUUCCCAUAGACUCUGAUUCGGAAGACAAAAGCCACACAGAACACGCGAAGCAGAGCACAGCCAGUGAAUUGGGACAUGCCAAAGUAAACAGGCUCAUCGGUGACGUGUGAUUCGCUGAAGUCGCACGUGACAAUGGCAGGUGCAUGGGGACGCGGCGUAGGCCUGUCAUAUUUGAGCCAUUUGAAUUUGAUCACGUUUUCCCAUUGCCGCUGUGAGACACAAAGCAUAGUACAUACGUGGCUUGUGUUGCUUUGGAGGUAGUUAACGCUGUGCUUUUUAAUCAGACUCGGCUCUUUUGUUUGCUUAUUUCUGAUUGGCCGUGGAGCAGGCUGUAAUUACUCUCUGUGCUAAAAGCUAAAGUAAACAUGCCGAACACACAACAGAGGCCACAGCGUUCGCCAUGGACCCGCCCUGACGUAUUUAUGACGCUUCUCAGCAUGUUACUUCAUUCAGUUCAUGCAGUGUUUGUUUUGUAUUGCCUGUUUAAAGGCUACUUUUUCUGCUGUGUUUGGAAAGAAAAAUUGAAUCAACUCCGCAGAAAUGUUCCUUUUGCGAUGACAAACGUUCAAAUAUAUUUAAUAUAUUCAGUACAAGUGUUGUAUAUGAAGCUUAAGAAAAGUGAGAAGAAAUAUAAUAUAUUUUAAAAGGAGACAAAAGAUUUGCUUUCAGUUCUUUCUUUCUCGUUAAAAACAAAAAAGUACAACCUGUGAUAACAGAGAACUGUUUUUCCAAAGCAUCCAGGACUUGUGAACAUUCAGAAAGGGCAGUUGUGAUGUGUUAUGCAAACAUUUGAUGUAUGACUGGUAUGGAGGUGCUAUUACCCAGAAUCCUCUAGGUAGUAUAUGGAGUGCUGAACCAGGAAACCAGAGUGCCUGCGCAAGCAUCUCUCCAUUGCGAUUAUUUCACAAACACUACAAGAGUAGUAUUUCAACUUCGAUGUGCAAGUUCUUGGCUACUGAAACGAACAAGGUGUGGAUAUUUUAAGAAACCUUUUAGAAAUGCAAUAAAAGUUUUUAGCGUGCCUUAUUUUCAUGCGUAUUGCUUUAGGCCUUUUUAACCUUUUUCUGUGCACUGUAAUGUCAUUGCGUUGUUUUUAAAAAAGCUUCUUCUUCAGGAUUGUUGUAUUUAAAGUGCUAGCUGAAUAGUUAAAUAAAGCAUUUUCAAAAAUGGCA